GAUUUUUGUUCACCUUCUACCCAUUUUAUUAUUUCUCAGUACCCUCCAUCUCAAAAUCCCCAAAGCCUCCGCCUUUACCAUGGCUAUGCAACUCCACACCUUGACACACUUAGCUGUUAACUACCCAUGGCUCCACAGGCUCCAAAAACUUCAAAAGCUUCACUCUUUAGCCUCUCUAUCUCAAGGACAUCAACAAGAAAUAAUCAAGAAAACCCAAGAAACCAAGUUUAGUGACAACAGAAUUCACAACCAGAAGAAAAAUGGCAGUGAAUUAAAUGUUGAGAGCAGUAAUUCUAGCUCAUAUUUUCCUAAAAGAGGGCAGACUUUGGAGCUGGUUUGUGAGUCUUUGGCUUUUAAAGGAAGAGGUGUGUGUAAGGUGGCAGAUACAGGGUUUGUUGUUCUGUGUGACCGUGCAUUACCUGGUGAGAGAUUCAUUGGUCGGAUUACAAGAAGAAAGGGAAGCUAUGCUGAGGCGGCUAAAGUGGAGACAUUAUCUCCUCAUUUGGAUAUUGUGGAUGCUCCUUGUGAGUAUGCUUCAUAUUGUGGUGGUUGUAAGACACAAAAUUUAUCUUAUGAGGCUCAGGUUAGAGCGAAGGAACAGCAAGUUCGUGAUUUGGUGGUUAAUAUUGGAAAGUUUUCGGAUGAAGAUUCGGAGUUUGUUAGAAUUAUGAAGCCUAUUGUUCCGUGUGAUGUUCAAUUCAAUUAUAGAAAUAAGAUGGAAUUCUCAUUUGGUUCCCAAAAAUGGGUACCCAAGGAGUUGUUAGGGGAGAAACUAGAUGGCAGUGAGAACUAUGCGCUGGGACUGCACGCUCCAGGCUUUUUUGACAAGGUUCUGAAUGUUGAAAAAUGUUUGUUACAAAGUGAGCCUGCUAAUACGGUUCUGGCGAUUGUCCAAGAUUGUUGGAGGGAUCCACAAUUUGGUCUUACUCCUUAUGACGUUCAUUCUCAUGCUGGUUUUCUUAAGCACCUUAUGCUAAGAACGGGGAGGAAUGUCGAGACCGGUAUGCUUGAGCUUAUGGUUAAUUUUGUCACCUCAUCCUACAAGCCUGAGCUACUGAAGACCAUGGUUGAAAAGACCUCAGCAAUUCCAGAAGUGGUAAGCAUCGUGAAUAAUGUAAACUCUUCCGUCGGCAACACGUCGGUUGGGGAGCAGGAAUACACUUUGUUUGGAAAAUCCACCAUCACAGAGAUCUUAAGAGGACUUACUUUCCAAAUAUCAGCCAACUCAUUCUUUCAGACAAAUACACUUCAGGCAGAGGUUCUUUACAGACUUAUUGAAGAAUGUGCUGAUCUCAGAGGAGAUGGCUCAGAAAUUGUUCUCGAUUUAUUUUGUGGUACCGGCACCAUUGGUUUGUCACUUGCAAGCAGGGCUAAACAUGUGUACGGAUAUGAAGUUGUUCCUCAAGCAAUCUCAGAUGCUCGUAGAAAUGCUGAGCUGAAUGGUAUUACGAAUGCUACAUUUGUACAAGGAGAUCUUAACAAGAUAAGUGAUGAUUUUGGCAACAAUUUUCCAAAGCCCGACAUUGUCAUUUCAGAUCCAAAUCGUCCUGGAAUGCACAUGAAGUUGAUUAAAUUUCUGUUAAAGCUUAAAGCUCCACGCAUAGUUUAUGUAUCAUGUAAUCCAGCCACGUGUGCUCGUGACCUUGAUUAUCUUUGCCAUGGCGUGGAAGAGAAAAAUAUACAGGGAUGUUACAAACUCAAAAGCCUACAACCAGUGGACAUGUUCCCGCACACCCCUCACAUCGAGUGUGUUUGCCUGCUAGAGCAAGCCGAUCCUUGCUUGUGACCAAUUGGUCUAUCACCGGCAUUUCAGGAUUCUGUCAAAUGAGCCGAAGCUCUGCUCUGAAUUCUGAAAGAGAAGGUGGUGAGAAUAUUAAGGAGUCUGACAAGCUGGUUUUGAUUCCUAAUUUUUUGAAGGAAAUUUUAGAUGUAUGAGUAAUUGAGUAUGACCAAGUACAUUGAUUUGCAAGAUAAUAGGCAAAACAGGUAGCAGAUUCUUGCCACUUGCACAUUUUUGUAUAUACUAUACAGGGUCAUUCUGAUAUUUUGAUUUAUUUACCUUUUUAAUUUCCUGAAAA